CAAUCUAAUUUACGCUUGAUUCACUUCUAAAAGAGUAUGUUAAGCUGACAUCAGGCUGAGAAUGAACGGGGGAGAAUCCUUGCCACGUGCCGGCCUUGUAUCCCAGAUCAGGCAGAACUGGUCGGUUUAUGAAGAUCAAGCUCUAGCUACUCGGAUACAACAUGAUGAAAUAAACCAACACUAUCAAGGGAACAAGAGUAGGAACCAGCAGAUCAGACAAGAUGUUCCUCAAGCUAAAGUUAUUCAAUCUUAUGAAAUACAGGAUGCGGAGGAAAGGAGAAACAAAUAUAGAGAAAUUCUGGAACGACAAGCUGAGGCAGAUUCUAAACUGGCGUUAGCAUUGGCUUUGGGAACUAGAUCUGGAUUCAGGGAUUCAGAUGCUCCUGCAGUUGGAUUCAGAGCUGCUCUAGCACCGGGAUUCAGAGAUUCAGCUGCACCAGCACUUGGAUUCAGGGAUUCAGAUUCUCCAGAAAUCGGAUUCAGAGACUUGGAUCCAGUUGGAACUGGAUAUAGAGAUUCUACAUCAGCGGGGAAUAGAGAUAAUUGGGCUGAAGAGGGUUUGGAUGAUGAAUAUACAAAGAAGAGAGAUGAGAUGUUUGCAAGAAAUCUCCAGGAAGAAGGAUUAAGAAAUAGGUCCCGUAACAAGCCAGCUGCUGAUAUUGGAACUCUUGCCUACAAUGAUGCAGAUUACAGGGUUACAGUCGCCAGACCAGCGGUAGUAACAGAUGAACCUUUGUAUGCAAACCAGGAGAAAUGCACCGCUGAUUUAUCUACAGCAGAGAUGUCAGCAAGAGCAAAUACAUCUCCCAGACCUGAGAUAUCACCUAGAUCAGAAUUUGGUUCAUUGGCGGAUAGGUUUUCAAGACCUGAGAUGUCAUCGAGGGCUGGGAUGUCUUUAAGAGCAAAGAUAUCACCUAGAUCGGAAUUUGGUUCGAGGCCUGAAAAUACUUUAAGAGCAGAAGUGCAAUCAAGAGCUGGAAUGUCUUCAAGAGCAGAAGUGCAAGCAAGGGCAGAAACGUCUUCAAGAGCAGAAGUGCAAGCAAGUGCUGAAAUGUCUUCAAGAGCAGAAGUGAAAGUAAGAUCGGUUAUGUAUUCAAGAGCCGAGAUGUCAUUGAGGGCUGGGAUGUCUUCCAGAGAACAAAUAUCACCUAGAUCAGAAUCGGAUUUAAGAGCUGAAAACCUUUCAAGAGCAGAUAUGUCUUCAAGAGCGGAAAUGCAAACAAGAUCUGAGCUAUCUGCAAGAGCAGGGAUGUCCUCCAGAUCAGAGAAUUUUUCCACUAAAGAGAACAAGACUUCUGGACAGGAAAGACAGCAUGCUCCUGUUACAAGAACAUACACUGAAGGUGCAGGAUCUACAAGUUAUCCUUCCUCUCUAGCAGUCUGUAGGGUUGAAGACUUGAAUACAAGUUCAGAUUGUAGAACUUCAAGUAGAACUUCAGAAAGAUCUGAUAGCUCAUUAACAAGCUAUAGUGAGCUGGGAGCCUAUGGUGGUGCUUGUUUUAUAGAUACUAAUCCAGAUAAUAUAUUGGGUAUCGGUUCAGCACUGACCCCUUCAGAACUAGCGGCAGCUCAAGCUGCUGAACUGCUUUUCCAACAAGAACGCAGGGAUGCAGAACUAGCUCAGAGAUUACAGGAUCAGUUGGAAUCCUGUGAAGAUGACAUAGACAGGAAGUUGGCUAUUGAAGCGCAGGACAGAGAGUUUGCUAAAAUUCUUCACGCUAAAGAGAAAGCCCGAGCCAGGCGAGCCAAGGAGAAAGCCCGUCAGAGAAAGCUGGAGAAGCAGAGGUUAGAGGAGGACAAGGUUGAAGUACUGGAAGUCGAGGACGAAUUCUCCGAGGCCGGGGUCUCCAGGGUUGAGAAUAAACUGUCUCCUAGGGAUAAACCCAGUUCUCCAAGGCAAGCCCAAUCUGACUGCAGGAUAUCUCCACGGUCUCCUGAAGUGCAGCCGCCUGCGCGUAAACCCUACGUACACACUGCCGCAAUAGAUUCUCACGUGAACGAUACAUAUUGUAAGACUCAGAUUACCCCAACAGUUUCAAACAGUAGUGAGUCUAGUGAACCUCAGUACGCUAAUCUUGAUUCAAAGGGAAGACCAUUGAAGACAGAGCCUAUACUUCAUCUUUCUAAUUCUAAAUCCUGUGAUAAGAUCUCGCCCCGGCACUCCGUCCUAAAUGAAGAUAUGCCGAUUCCUCCAUAUAUGCCUAUGCAGAGCUCAGCUAGUAAGAAGUCAGAGUCUAUGGAGAGAAAAAUUAAAAAGAAGAAAGAGAAAGAGGGAUGCAAACAACAAUAGAAUUGAGGGAAAGAAGGAUGCAAACAACAAUAGAAUUGAGGGAAAGAGGGAUGCAAAGAACAAUAGAAUUAAGGGAAAGAGGGAUGCAAACAACAAUAGAAUCGAGGGAAAGAAGGAUGUAAACAACAAUAGAAUUGAGGGAAAGAGGGAUGCAAACAACAAUAUAAUUGAGGGAAAGAUGGAUGCAAACAACAAUAGAAUUGAGGGAAAGAGGGAUGCAAACAACAAUAGAAUUGAGGGAAAGAGGGAUGCAAACAACAAUAGACUUGAGGGAAAGAGGGAUAUAAACAACAAUAGAAUUGAGGGAAAGGGGGAUUCAAACAAGAACAAGAGGGUUGCAAACAAUAACAAGAAUGAAGGGAAAGAGGGUUGCAAACAAUAAUAAAAGUUAUGAGAAAGGGGGUUGCAAACAAUAACUAGAAUGAAGGAAAAAAGGUUACAAACAAUGUCAUGAAUUGAAGAAAAGAGUGUUGCAAACAUUAAGAAACGAGGAACAGAAAGAAAAAGAUUAAGGAAAAAAGAGGAAUACAAACAACAACAGAAUUGAGGGAAAAGGAGGAAGUUUAAAAACAAUAAGAGAAUAUAUAUGGAUUCAAUGCAAACAAGAUAAAGUGAAGGAAACACAUUUUACCGAAAAGUUAAGAUUCAAAUUGUAAAGUUGUAAUCUCUGUUUUGUUUGUCCGAUCACAACUCAGGAAGAAACCCCUU